CAACUCAUUCCCCCUCGCAACCUCCUCAAUACCUCGACCCUCUGUGACAUCCUCUCCCUUUUCCAGAUCCCUGUACAGUCAAGUCUUACAAGAUGAAUCCCACACGAGUUCUUCAGCGGUCUUUGGCAAGGUCCAGCUUGGGCUCUUCAAUUGCUCGCCGGGGCAUUUCCACCUCUACAGCACGAUUCAAUGACCGAGUUCAUUCCAAUGCAGCAGAAUAUCGAAAGGAUCAGACCGAAAAGGCUGAUAAUCCACAUAUGACCAACACAAAUUCGGCAAUCACCAACGACAUGCCCUCGGUUGGCUCUGACAGUGCUCCUCCAGAAUUCCUCAGCUCUGUCGACCCCAAGUUCGUCCCCCAAGACAAACAUCCCGAGAAUACGAAAAGAAUGACGGGAGGAACACAAGAAAGCAACCCGGACAAAGUAAGCCAGUCCGAGUUUGGUGUUGGUGAAAUGGAGGGCAUUUCGUUUCGAGUUGAGCCUUUGAAAAGAACCGGAGAAGACGUCACCACCAUGAGAGCAAGAUUAUUAUACCAAAGCCGGAAACGAGGCACGUUAGAAUCCGAUCUCCUGCUUUCCACAUUUGCUGCCGCGAAUCUUUCCAACAUGAAUAAAGAACAACUACAACAAUACGAUGCAUUUCUUGACGAAAACGACUGGGACAUAUAUUACUGGGCGACGCAAUCACCGGCUGGAUCACCUACAUCUUUGGAAACCGCUGAAGGGAGUGUCCAAAACAAACCGAAUACGACGCAAGAGAGCAGCUCCACUCCAGCACAAACCCAACAGACGGACGCUUGGAGGCAAGGAGCACCUCGCAGUGGAGAGUGGGCGCAGACUGUUGGUGCUUUCAAACCUGCUUAUCGACCAGUACCUCAACGCUGGAAGGAAAGUGAAAUCUUGAAGCUGGUCCGCAAGCACGUCAAGGACCGAAGUGCGGGAGGAGUUUUGAAUAUUGGUGCUUCAGACAAAAACGCGGGCGGCGGUGGACUCGGCAAAAUGCCUGAAGUCCAAACAUUUGAAUGAUGUUGGCAAAAGUCACGUAGCUUGAGUUCGAGCUUGCCAUGGACCAUACCUGUACCAUUAUCAAUCACUGCUAUACCAACUCCUCAAUGACGCGCGCACGCGUUUGUGGCUGAUGUUCAUCCACGUACUCAACGAUCAUUACAAUUGGAGCGCGGACUAUCCGCCCACUGGGUGAUUGCUAAACAUUUGCCGAAUCAGCCGUGAGAUCGCCAUAGUUCACUUAAGUGACGCUCACUGAACAGAUGAGAUGAAU